GUACAUAUUACCAUAGUGUGUCGAGUUGAUGAGUUCAGUUACAUACAACAAGUGAACUGCGUCCGUUGUGUUGUAAUUACAACAUUGUUUAUUAAUCUAGUGUGAAUGAGACAGUAUGGAGAUAACUAACAAAAUUUGCUGUACACUCAUAAUUUUCCUGUGUUUCAUUUACAGAGCAUCUUCCAUUUACUGUUACUAUUGUAACAGCGCCAACAAUAGCGCAUGCGUGAAUCCGAACCUUCUAGAAGAAGACAUACGCUCGCGCAUCAUUCCGGUCGUCGACUGCGAGAGAGCCAUACCCAGUCCUGUUAACGUCAACUUCUUCUGUCGGAAGAUCAUACAGACCAUAUAUCACGAGCAUCACGAUUCAGAGUUACGUGUGACUCGCGGCUGCGGGUGGGUGCGCCACGAAAAAGAAUGCUACCAAGCGAACAACUAUGACCACCUGGAGACAGUGUGCCAGUGCUUCCAGGACCACUGCAACAGUUCUGAACAGCUCGAUCCUGGUGCCACGACUCUUCUAUUCUUGACUCUAUCAGCGGUUUUAUACUAUUAUAGAUAAUUUAAGCCUUUUA